ACAGUGUUUGUCACCUGUGCUUGUCAAAUUCAAAUGUUAAAACCGUCAAAAUUCUCGUGAAAAAACCACCCCAAAAUGGCCGAGGACUGUGUUUGUGGGGAGCCAGUACCUCCCCCAUCUCAAAGGAGGUUCCCCAAGAUGGGAGUUAGCAGCUUGGGACCCAGACCUCCACCAUCCAUAAAUAGGAGUGCUGGACUAAAUCGAACACCUCCGAAUAUGCCUAUUACGGUGCCUGGACUAUCCAGGAACAGAGCUGGAGAUAAAACUUUAACUCCUGGAUCCGCAAAUAAGACCGCGACCAAUACGUCACAAAUAACAACAUGCAAGGAACCUGACUACGCCAAAUAUGGAACAGCAAUGGAAGAGCUAAGUAAACUGGAAUUCGUAGAAAUGCAGAACAUCGAGGACGACUUGAGGGACUUUCACAUCAAAAGGAGGAAGUUAGUUUUUAACAUAACUUCAUUAAACUUAUCCAAAGCGAGGAGGUGCGUUAAAAAGGCUGUGACAAAAAUGGGGUUUUAAACGUUUAUUUUAAUUUUGUUAAUAUAGUUGAAAGUGAAUAAAUAUUAAAAAACUUU